UCGUCUGAAAGUGUACCGUUUCCUUGUUUAAAAAUAACAUUGUGAUUAGAAUCGGAUGUGUGGCUUAGAAACACCUAGAACAAUGGCAAGAGCCAUGUUGAGAGAGAAAAAUCUUAAACGCUAAAUCUCAAUAUAUUGUGAUCAAAAUCCUCUCUGCGAAUCCGGCGACUACCGAGUCGACUCAAUCUUCUCAAUCUCAAGCAUUUUGAGAUCCAAAUCCUCUGCAUGUUCAAUUAACAGGAUUAAAAUCCCUUGAAUCCCUUAAAUCUUCUGUCGAUUGAUUUGUUUUUUCCAAUUAUCUGAAUUAUCUAUUAAUCUUAUCUGUCUAUCUCCUAUGUCAGGCUAAUUUUCUUGGUUUACCGACCAUGUAGUCCUGUUAGGGGCCGUUUAAUCUACUGUAGUAUCUGAUUCUACCUCAUAUGGCGUCUUUCACCUUUCUCAUCUUGCUGCUCGUGUGUAGCUGCAACUGUACAAGCCGGGGUUUCACUUUUUUGAACUUAUAUUAUCCAUGAAUUAGAGUUCGAUCUAUAGAGGUUUUCAUCAUCAUCUCAAUUCAAUAUAUCAGGGACUUCUCUAUCCUUCCUCAAGGUUUGAUUCUUCUUGUCUCAUCUUUUUCUAGCAUCAGGGGCUGCUACUGAUAUGUAUCUAAUGACUUAUUUGUUGCAUUCUUUAUAAUUGGCUAUUGUUCCAUUUCUCAAAUUGUUUAGUUUUUGUCUCUGGGUCAGUAUUUUCUAUCCAAUUCUUGCCGGUGCUCUAAUCUAAUUUAGAUAAAAAUUCCCCUUGUUCUCAGAUUGUUGGUUUAUCGUCUGCAAGUCUUUUUCAUGUUAUGAUUGCAUUCAAAGUGUUUGAUUGUAUUCAUUUUUCUAGAAUUCGUCCUAGCCCUGCCCAAAAUCAAUAUAAAGUAUUUUCAUCCGUUCAUCUGUUUGGUUAACGUUUCAAAGUAGUGUUGUCUGUAUUGCUGGCCUUUAUAGAAGUGUUGUCGACUUCCCAAGUAUUUCCCUCACUGCGGCCUAACUAUUUUGGUACUGUGUCCGACCAAUGUCUUAAGGUCUGGUUUUUUUUCCCAUGUAAAAUAGUUAUCACCCAGUGGAUUUGCUAUAUUUGUGUCGGUUGUCCGUAGUUUUGGUCGAUGUUUCUUACUAUUUUGGUGUUUUGUCAGACUAGUUCUCGUCUGGUUUCAAGGUUUCUUUCCGGUAAAAUAGUUAAAUCCAGCGGUUAACGUUCCUAGUCUUGUCCAACAAUACCCAAUGAUCAUCCUUUGUUUUGUGUCUUUUAGUGCUGCUGUUGCAUUGUCUCCAGGGGUGGUUCCUUUGGAGACAUAUUUGGUUUAGUGUUUCUCUUCUCUUAAUCUUUUUUAUCUUUAUAUUUGAUUUAGUGUUUCUCUUCUCUUAAUCUUUUUUAUCUUUAUAUUUGCCGGCAUUUCUUUUUAGAACAUUGUUUUCUUCUGUAGCCGUUUUUUGAUGCAGCUUUUAAACAUUACAUUUUAAUUAAUUAGGUAGACUUUCCCCAAGUCCCCUGAUCUCAGCAAUGAGUUUGGUCAAUUAGCUUUCGUGUGAUGUAACCUUUUGAUUGGUAUUUAUGAUAUUUCUUGACCCCAUCAGUUGCUCUACUUUUGGCAAGUAUUUUCCGCUCUCCCUCGCCAUCUCUUUAACAGAUACUACAUAGAUUUAACGGUUUCCUUAAUGUGGUUAUCGGGUCGGUAAGCUGUUCUGUUAAAUCAUUAAUAUUUGUUCUUAUUUUGUUCGCAUUUCUCCCUUCUUUUAGUAAUCCCAUAUCUGGAUUUUUGUCUCUCCCUUCAUCUGUAAUAGCAGUUUUCUCUUGAAUUUUGUUUUUUUAUUGUGUUUAACUCUUUUGAGCCUUCGGUACUUCUGUCAAAUAUACUUUUUUCCUGUCCAACAAAUACUCCUUUCAUCUUCCUAUUAGAUUUAGUAGACUAAUCUUAAUUUUAUUUUUAUUCCUAUUUACCUCAACUUUUCUCCAUUUUUGUGUUUUUAUCUGCCAUGAGGAUUCUCUCAUGGAAUGUUCAGGGUAUUGGUAUCCCUAUAACUAGAGAUCAUCUAAAUAAUUUGUACAAUGAUUUCAAGUCAGAUAUAGUUUUUCUCUCCGAAACAAAAGCUCCUUUUGAAAAAAUGGAUCUUAUUUUGAAAACAUCGAAAUUCUUUGAUUGGUUUAUUAUUCCAUCUGUGGGAAUAGCUAAGGGGCUAGCGAUCGCCUGGCAUAACAAUGUAGAAUUAAGAUUAGUAUCGGCGCAGUUUAAUGUUUGUCAUUUCGAAGGCUCUUGGCAUAACAAUGUAGAAUUAAGAUUAGUAUCGGCGCAGUUUAAUGUUUGUCAUUUCGAAGGCUCAUAUGAUGAUAAAGUUUUCGAAUUAACCUGUAUAUAUGGUGCAGUCGGAGCUGAAGAAAAAAUAAUUCAAUGGUCUCACAUUCAGAAUUUAGCAAAUCAAGUCCAAAAACCAUGGGCUUUAAUUGGGGAUCUGAACAUCAUCCUGGACCCAGCAGAAAAGCAGGGAGGCAAUAACACAAGCUCAAGCAAUAAAACAAUUGUUAGACAGAUUAUAGAUUCUCUGGGCCUCCAAGAUGCGGGUUACGAAGGCGCUCCUUUCACAUGGUCAAACAAUAGGAGUGGAGAUGCAAAUAUAUGCGAAAGGAUAGAUAGAACUCUAACAUCCUACCAAUGGAUUCAAUUAUUCCCAAAUACAAAGGAUUAGAGGUAGGAAGUAAACCUGGAUUAGAAACUCCUCCUAUGACAUCAAUAAAAGGAGCUUCAACAAGUGUUGCUGCUGCUACUUCUGGUGGAGGCCUUUCAGAA